UUGGCAAAGGUUUGAUACUUAUUCAGACAAAAGAAGUUGCAAUGAAACAAGAAGAUGCAAGAAGAGUCUUCAGAGACCGAGUUACAGAAUUCAUACCAUUAUUGGAGAAAGGCUCAGUUGUUGCAAUGGAGUUUAAUGGAGAUGAAGCUGUACAGGCCUGCCAGUCGGUUGUUAGCACCAUCUUCAGUGGCACCAUGGUGUUUGUUUCAGAAAGCAAGUCAUCGGCCUCUCAAGAUGUGGAUAACUUUUACAACUUUGCCGACAUGCAGAUGGGAAUGUAGAGUUCAGCUUUAUAUGUUUAUGGCUAUGCUUUUUGCAGUUUGUACGCAUAGAAGACA